ACUAAACACGGAUCCCAGCAACAACAAAAACAACCGGCAACACAUUUCAAAGCGAAGCGACUCACACAAAUACUCUGUCACACGAACAUCUAACAUCGAAUUGAAUCGAAUUCUGCAAUAAAUAUUCCGGCUAACGCUGCCUAUGAACGCGAUCUAGAGUCUUAAAGGCAGGCAUGCAGUGGCACGAAGUGGAGUUGGACGGAAUCCGGACCGCGGCAUUUCCGGAGCGGGCGGUUCCCGGGAUCGGCCAGGAAGCGGUUGAACAUCUGGGCGGCUACCUGCGCGGUGGAAAGUGGGCAUGGGUCACCAGCAAGUAUUCCAGCGAGGCCACCAUGUUGGUCUGUUCCAGCACCACGGGCGAGUGCGUGGCUCGGCACACGUUUUGGAGCGAGGAGCGACCCGGCCAGGAGGAAGUACGCUGCAGCAUCCAGACCGUGGAAGAGUUGUUCCCGGGGGAAGUGGAUAAGCCCAGUCUGCUGGCCAUCUGCCUGGAGAUUUGGAGUGAUGGCAGUCGUCGACCGCACCAGUGUCCCGCGGCAAGGACCCAACUGGUCAUUUACUCGGUCUCCCUGGACCAGGUACUGCGCCGCUUCGACCUGGACUCUCUAUAUUGCAGCUCCCUCGCCUUCCUCGACAAGCAGCUGUGCCUGGGCACGCACCUCUCCCGCUUCGAUGGCUGCUUGGCCGUGGCCUCCGAGGAGGGCCUCGUCCUCCUGCUAGACCUUAACUGCAGCCAUAUGUUGGAAACCCGCAAUCGAUGCAUCCUCGAUUCAGAGGCCGAUCCCUGCGCAGAGAUUUUCCGCUUUCCUUGCGUGAGUUCUGUGACGCGGAUCGACUCUCUGCUGGCCGAGUGCCGGUCCAGAGACGCCCACUUGGCCGUUGAGGUGGAUGUUGCUCGGAUCGGUAUUCGCUGCUUGACGAGUAUUAGCUUCGCUCCUGGAUUCGCAGCCGGCUUGGAGGACGGCACCAUUCUGAUCUACGACCUCGUCGACUUCCACCUGACCACCCAACUGCGGGCGCCGUCGGACAGUGAUGUUUCCGUGGAGCGUAUCUGCUGCGUCCUGCCGCCCGACGACCCGAAGCCCUGCUUUUAUGUCUGUGCCAUGUACCUCAGCCCGGCCAGGCUUAGCCUGCAACUGCACUCAGUGAGCUACAUGCGCUCCUAUGUGAAUCAGAGCGGUGAAGGAUUCCGAUUUCGGAACUUCCAGUCGAGUAUGCUGCGCAACAAACAGGUGUUCGACACGGGCAAGUGCUCCAUCAUUGGGUGCACCACGGCCUCCACUUUCAGCUUCGCCGGCGACAACGGCACGCUGCUGGCCAUUAUCAGCUGGCACUCGGACGUCGAACGGCGCAACAAACUCGUCCUGUUCGACAUCAACCAGUGGUACAAGGACGAGAUGCCGCCCGGUGUGCGAGCUCGCGAGGUCCCCCACUACCUGGCCGGCUACGUUCUGAGCGGACUGCCCAAGGGUCUGGCUCUGCAGCUACGCUCGAACACCAUAAUGCAUUUCAUAUCCCUGCACCGCUUCGACGAGCACUUCUACCCGGAAUCCUUGACUUUCGAUUGCUCCUUGCUGACGUCCACUGGUUGCCGCUACUAUGCGCAGGAUGGAGUGCAGCAUAGAUUCCUGAACGCCCUGCGGUGGGAGAGGGCAACGCUGUUUCUGAAUCCACAGCCCUACCACGAGCACAUCGUCCGCCUGCGCCUCAUGCCGCAGUUCAGUGAACUACAUCCCGACGCCACGGUAUCCAAGGCUGCCAUGUACGAGGAGAUCCUGUCGGUGGCUUUGGAACACAAGUGCGUGGCCUUGCUGAACGACUGCGCCCGCAGCUGGCUGGACGGCAGCUUCCUGUGCAAUACGCUGGACAGCACCCAACUCUCCCUCUCCACACUCACCAAUUGGAUCGUCCGCCGCGCCGGCCUCAUCAAGGCGCACUGCUCGGAGCUCUGCCAGGGCAUCUUUGACUACGGCGGCUACUCCCUGGACGAGCGGGAUAGCCGCGAAUACCAGGCGCUGACCUCCCAGCUGCGCGAACUGCUCCGCCUGCAGACCUACAUCCUCGAGCAGGGCCGCCGCAACCUGCCGCCGAGCAUCCAGGCCGAAUGUGAGGUCAACAGGCGGGCGCUCCAGACCGUUCUGAUCUACCAGCGAGUGCUCUACUGGUUCAUAGAGCAGGGCCUGCUGCCCGAGGGCCAGCAAAUGGGGAGUACUGAUCAGCAGGAGCCGCUGCUCGUCCGCCUGCGCCGCUCCUAUGCGGAUCUGCGGAAGAACAAACGAAAACUCUACAUAGACGUUCUCGGCAUGCGCUCCGGGAUGACGGAAGCGUAUCCGCCGGACACACUGCAGUCGCUGCUCUACUUGAUGCUCAACCCCGACACCCAGACGGAUCGAAAGUACGCCAUCGUCCUGUACUUUCUGAUGGAUCUCGUGGCUCCGAGGCAGUGGGUGCGUUUCCAGGGUGCAUUCCAGAUAAGCGAGCAGGUGGUGAUGUCGGUUCGCUCCUUCUGGUUUCUGGAUCACGGGGAAUUUGAUGAAUGCGUCAAGGAGCUGUAUGACUCCGCCACCCCGAUCACUGGCUACGAGGAAUGGCAGUCGAAGCUACUGCUGGAGACUCUGCUAGCUGCUGGCGCCUCCGAGGCUGCGAUGCGCGUGGUGAGCCAGCCGCCGGGCCCAGUGGACGUCUGGCUGCAUUUGCGCGUCCUCCUCGCCAACGACAGCAUCCCCGAGGCCUUCCACAUGGCACGGCUCUACGACGACGAGGGGGGUUACCCGCUGUUGGAGCGAUUCUUCCAGCACUGCAUCGACCACCGGCGCUUCAAGGUGCUGGCUGAGCUCUGCCUGCGCGAGCCGGAGGAGCGGCUCGUCUACCGACUGCUGCGCCAGUGCCGUUCCCGGCAGGCGGAGUGCGUCCAGCUGAUCCUGCUGCUGCAGAAGAGCAAGUUCAUUGAGGCCGUCUCCUUCAUGGACGACGUGGCAGCCGAGCGGCAGCGCGACGACGACUCCUCCAGCACCAUCAUCUCGGCGUACCGCUCCACAAUGGCUCCGGUGGCGCAGAACAUAGCCGGCACUUAUUUCCGGAUUCGCGGCAAGCUGGACAGCAUGAAUAAGCUGCCCGGCCGGAAUCUGGGCAAUCCGGAGCCGUUUAGCUGUCAGCUCGUCAAGCAGAACGCCAGCGGCGAGGUGGGCGGCAUCUUCCAGAGCUCGGCCCUCAGCGCCCACUGGGCUACGCGUUACGACGACUUGGCUUCCGGGCUGCCCACUUCUGAGCACCCCGCGCCCCUUUCCGGCACCAAUGGGGUCUGCAAGGGGCACAGCAACAUCCCCUUCCUGCGGCGCGCGCAGUACGGGCUGUCGGAGCUGCCUCGGCGACGGCACGUCGUGAAGCCAGUGCUCCACCAGGUGGCGGAGAAGCGGCAGCGCGAGCAGGAGGAUCUGCAGCGGGAAGAGCGCCACCGUAGAGACGAGGUCACAAUGCAGCCGAAGAAGCGGCGGCGACUGCUAGGCGAGCAGCUAGUGGAGGAUAUGCGUGGUCACGUUAAGAGCCUGCUGGGAAUGGCGCCAGUCCGGAAGCAGCUCGGGGAGGAGGAAUCGAACGGGGAACGGGGCUCGGUGUGCGAUCUGCUGCAGCCGCCAUCCUACCUGCAGUCGCGCCAAAACGUGAACCGGCAGGGCAGCAGCUCGCCACCGGCAGUCCUCAAGCCACGCCCAGCCAUUAAGUCCUUGGGCGGCACUCCGCUCCAAGCCACCUCCACGAGGCUGUCGGGAACGAAGCGGUUUCGUUUCAUGCCCCCGAUUCCGCUGCGUCUGGAUGGCUCCAUGGAGGUUGAAGGCGAGGAGCCGGUGGAUGAGGACACCGAGUCGAAGGAUGGCGUGCCGGAGACGGAGGAGGAGGAAACCGACGAGAUUAUCAUGGCGAUAGAGUCCAGGAGUGACCCGCAAGCCACCGAAAACAGCGAAUCAGAGGACGAGUUCAUGUCCCCGAUGGCCUCCGCGAAUGUCUCGCUGGCCAAUCAGUCGGGAGUGGCGGCGGAAGGGUCGCCCAGGGUCAUGGGCCCGCCACGCGGACCUCAGCCGCGCUCCUCCCUGUUGCAGGGCAGGAACGGAAACGGGAACGGCAGUGAGAGCAGCGGCUUCGGCAGCUUCGCCACCGUCCAGGCAUCCCAGACGUCGUCCCACUCGCAAUUCGUACCCACCAUUUGCUCCUCCAAGAUGUACGAAACGCACUCGCAGAUGCAUCUGUUCUCCGGCGGCAUCGCAUCCAGCACCAGUGGCGUGAAGAUCUCCGAGCGCACCACCAUCUGCGGCGAUAUGGAGUCCACGGAUCUGAUUCCGGAGACCACUGCCGCCUCGUUGACGGCGGCCAGUUCCGAGUGGCCCAUGCCGCAGGCGCGUCAUCCGGGCCAGCAGCUCCAGAUGAUGGACACGACCCUGGGCAUGUCCACCUACGAUGUCACUUCUCUGGAGCCCCGUGAACCGGAACGGGAGCCGGUGGAGGAGCAGAGUCAGGAGGAGGUGCUAAAGCUGGAGGAUUCAGCAACUGGCCAGACGCAGCAAGAAGAGCAGCCGGCGGAGCAGAGCCAGGAUGAGGAGAGGCCAAGCACCGAGGCAAACUACCAGCUGCCAUUCAUGGCCAGCUCUGAGGCGCCCGUUCAGGAGCCCCUCUACUCGCCCACCUACAGCCUGAGCAGCGAGGAGUCAUCCGAGCUCUCCUCCUACAUCGACCCCAUGCGCCCCACCCAGGAGGACAUCGACAAUCCGCUGUACACCACGGAGACGGGCUCCAUCGCCUCCUACCAUCCCAGCGACACCAACGACUCCGAGAACUCCAGUCCGCGGGCGCCGCUCGGAGAUGCCGGGGAUGGGUCACUCUACCGAGCCAACAGCCUGGAAACAGUCGACGACCUGGACACCACCAAGGGCUCCGUGGAGGAGGCGGAGGAGGACUACGAGGACGACUGCGUGAUCGCGCUGGAUGGCACCGAAGUGCGCGGAUACGUAGCCCGUCCCCAGCAGCCGACGGCCUGUAGCAGCGCCGAGCUGUUCGCCUUCAAGGACGAGUGCCAGGAGGAGGCGGUGCCCGGGUCGUGUCCCUCGCUCUCGUUGGGCGCCACCGCCAACAGCGACUCUGUGGUGGCGGACACCAUAGUGCUGGACAGCGACAGUGAGUCCCGCAAGGACAGGGAGCAGGACAACAAGCCGCAGUCCACUCCGAUGGAUAUGGAUGUGGAUGUGGAUGUGGUGGUGCAGGUGUCGGUACCGGUGCCUGUGGCAGAGGAGCCUGCUUCCAGCAACGACUCCGUGGCCACAGUAUCCUUCAGUGAGGCGAAGCAGCCGCCGGCAGAGAUCGAUGUGGAGAUGGUGGUUGAAGCGGAGGAGAAUAGGGAAGUCGGUGAGGAGCAGCAGCCAGACGAGGAGGGCGCUGAAGAGGUCCAAAAAGAGGACGCAAUGAUGGCCGAGGAGGAGGCGGAGAAACAGGUUCUGCUACCUGAGGACGUGCCUCCACAUGUUGAUGUCCAGGUGGAAAGCGUACCAGAAAUCCAAGAAGAGGAGAGUGUGAUUGCCGUCGAAGAGGAGGAGGUGCAGGCUGUUCCGGUGCCGGAAGAGGAGGAGCUACAGGCUGUUCCGGUGCCUCAAGAUGAAGAGAAGACAAAAGUCCAGGAGGAACACACACAAAUUAUCACGGAAAGCGUAGAAGAGAUCCACAAAGAGGAGGAGAUGGUGGUUGAGGAAGAGGAGCUAAAGCUUGUCCUGGAGCCUGAAGAUGAGGACAAAAAAGAAGUCCUGGAGGAGGAAGGCGAAUCAGAGAUCCAGAAACAGGAUGAGGACAUAAAAGAGUACGAAGAUGCAGUCUCUGAGGAUGAUGACUUGGUGCUGGUGGUGGAGGACGACGAGGAGUCCAGUGGGGGGAAGCACGAGAUGACACUGGAAGUGAUCCAAGAAGAGGACACGCAAAGCGACUGCAUGGUGGUAGAUCCCUCGCCUCCGGACCACACAACAGUGAGGGAAAAAGAGCAGAAGAACGAGGAACAGUCCGCCGAGGAGAGCCCCAAGCAACUGGCCAAAGAGGAAACAACUCCAAGGCCCCGCUCCACUCAGGAAGAGGACUCCAAGCAGAGCUUUACGUCCGAGGAGGGUGACCGGACGCCUGCUCUUCCAACGGCGACGCGGACUUUGCGUUCUCGCCGCAGCACCUCCAUCCCCACGGACAGUCCCGUCGUCCAAACGCCGCCGGUGUCCACCCGGAAGCUGCGCCUACGCAGCUCCGACGCCCCAGUAUCGACCCCCAGGCGUCGCACCCUCCAACACAAGCACCUCCUGGAGGUCAUCGACGAGAGCUCGCAGGACACUACCAAUCUGCCGCGCACCAGAUCGCGCUCGCGACUCAGCAUCGACUCGGAUGCGCCUGCCCCCGGAUCCAACACGACGACGCGUUCCAAGCGGGCCACCUCGCUGCUCCCGGACGUCCAGAAUACGACUCCUCGCCUGCGUCGCGGCAACAGCGAGCCGCCCAGCCCGGCGAUCACCACCACGCCAGUGCAGAAGCGCCGUACAGUACGAUCCCGGAAGAACAGCGCGGUGGAGGCGGAAGAAGCGGCUCCAAAGGUGCCGGAACCUGAACCGGAAUCGGAGCCAAAGCCACAGCCGGAGGAGGAGGAGAAGGAGAAGCCGCGGCUGCGACGCACAACCAGGCGACGCGCCUCCGAGCUAAGUGACAAGAGCGACAAGACCGAGCAGACGGAUCCCCCUUCUCCAGGCACAUCCGGUACCCGGCAACUGCGUCUGCGGAUGCAUCGCGUGAAGAAGAUCGAGUCGGAAGCUGCCGAGUCGGCGGCUCCAUCCCAGAGGUCCUUGCGAACGCCCCCUCCCACAGAAAGUUCCAACGAAACCAGCGUGCCGCCCAAGAAGCGCGGUCGCUCCAAGAAAUAGAAGGAGAUUCUGAUGAUUCGAAUGAGAUGUUUGAUUGAAUCCCCGCCAUUACUGUAUAUUGCCACACUUUCUAUAUUUUUUGUUUCACUUUGAAAUCUAUAUUUUAUGGCUUAUUAGUUCGAUGUUCCAAAUAAAAGUGUUAAAGUAUA